AUGGUAGCACGAAUUCUUAUAGUUGUUUAUCGAAAGAUGUCAUCAUUCUUUAAAGGGACCCAAAAUUCUAUUGCAAUGAAACCUAUGAAAUUAGGGUCUAUUAGGAAAGUGGAGAAUUCAAGGCCUAUUAGCAAAGUGGAGAAUUUCCUCCAGAGUUAUAUUCAUCAAAUGCCGACCAAAUAUUCAUUCUCUCAGCUAAACAAGAUAACCAACAACUUUGCAGAUAAACUUGGAGAAGGGGGAUUCGGUGUGGUUUAUAAAGGAAAGCUCUCUAGCGGUUCUUUGGUGGCCGUUAAACUUGUUGAUCAAUCCAGACAGAGUGAGAACCAGUUCAUGAAUGAGAAACAAACGCUCAAUUCGAAUCAACUGUAUUCAAUUGCUUUAGGCACAGCUCAUGGAAUUGCGAAGGAAGAUGACCACAUAUCAAUCAUGGUAACGAGAGGGACGCCGAGAUAUGUUGCACCAGAUGUGUGGAAUAGAAAUUUGGGAUCUGUAAUGAACAAAUCAGAUGUUUAUAGUUUUGGAAUGGUAUUGCUGGAGAUAGCCGGAAGGAGGAAGAACAUUGACGUUGCUCUGCCUCCAGUCUCUCAUUCAAUAGGAGCUCCUAUGACGUCUACCUCAGUUGAAUAUAAUUCUCAGACUGAGAAUGAAGAAGUAAGUGCCAAUAAUGAAUGGUCUUCGUUCAAUUAUGAAAUUGGGGGUCUGCAGAAUAGAGAAAAUCCUCCCCAAAAUAGCACUGACGUCGCAAGAAAUAUGGAGGAACCACAGUGA